CACCUUUAGUUUCUCAUCAUCACAAAUAAUUUCAACAGAAACCAAAAAAUGAAAACAAAAGCUAGAUUAGUAGUAAUAGGAGUAUUAAUUUUGACCUUGGUAGAUCAAGGUGAAGCAGAACAAUGUGGGUCACAAGUGGAUUUCAAGUUGAAUUGCACGGAAGGAUAUUGCUGCAGCACGUCUGGGUGGUGUGGCACUAGUAAUGCUUAUUGUGGUGAAGGCAAUUGUCAAAGGCAAUGUCCCGUUCCUUCACCACCUACGCCACCUCCACCUCCGCCGCCUCCUAUGCCGCCCAGUCCUAUUACAGACAUAUUUUCCGAAGAGUUGUUCGAAGAAAUGCUCAAGCGUAGAAAUGAUCCUCGUUGUAGGGCUAAUGGCUUCUUUCAUUACUAUGACUUCAUUACUGCCGCUACUUCAUUCCCUGCGUUUUGUAAUACCGGGGAUGUCCAAACUAGGAAGAGGGAACUUGCCGCUUUCUUUGGCCAGACCUCUCAAGAAACCAAUGGGGGUUGGCCAAGUGCAGAAGAUGGACCUUAUGCAUGGGGAUACUGCUUCAAGAAAGAAGAAACCACAAAUGAUUAUUGCGUUCACUCCACUGAAUGGCCAUGUGUUCCUGGCAAGAAGUACUAUGGUCGUGGACCUAUUCAGCUUUCCUACAACUACAAUUAUGGGCAAGCAGGGGAUGGACUAAAGUUGCCACUACUUUCAGACCCAGAUCUAGUUGAAAAUGAAGCCAUCAUUGCGUUCAAGACCGCCAUAUGGUUUUGGAUGACACCACAGUCACCCAAGCCAUCUUGUCAUGACGUUGUGACCGGGAAAUGGGUACCAACUCCUGGGGAUAUAGCCGCGGGUCGAGUGCCUGGAUACGGUGUAACCAUAAAUAUAAUUAAUGGUGGUCUUGAAUGCAACAUUCCAUCACCAGAUACCCGAGUUGAAAAUAGAAUCGGAUAUUACAAGCGUUAUUGUGACAUCCUUAAUGUUAGCUAUGGAGAUAACCUUGAUUGCUACAAUCAAAAACCUUUUAAUUGGGGCACUUUCCUUUCCCACCAAGGACCAUUUUCAGCCUAGAUGUAACCUACUAGUAUCAUAGUAUGGUAUGACCAGGAAAAAGAAUAAGGUGGUGCAUUCUCUAGAAGAAUUAUCCGAUCAAUGGUCUAGUGUAAUUUGUAAUGCCCUUCUGGCUUAUUUGGACAAGAACUAUUUAUGGUCUAGUUCGAACUCUGUUGUUUGUUUCCUUUUAACACCGGUUGUAGAUCUUGUACUGCGUGUAGUGUUGCUCACAAGUCACAACUACAAUAUUGAAUAAAACUGUCGUUAUUACUUCUUUUA